AUGACAGCGCAAGUAAAUGAAAUGGCACGUCUCCUAAUAAAGGGGCUACUAGGGUUUUAUACAGACACGUCUCCUUUUAAGCUCUUCCUCAGUCCUCACCAACUCAGUAACGGCGUAGCUAUAACUUCUAUUUGGCAGAGACACCCUAAGACGCAAGCAACCAUGGGACGUGUUAUUCGUAACCACAGGAAGAGUCUUACCAGUGAGGAGAGGAUUCACCAGGGAAAGUACAAGUCUGGAAGGAAAUUGAAUACAGUUAGCGGCAAGACAAGACUCUUGGGUGCGGUCUACAAUGCUUCCGACAGUGAGUUGGUAGGAACAAACACACUUGUUAAGAGUGCCAUUGUUCAAGUGGACGCCGCUCCCUUCAAGAACAACAAUGAGGUUACAGGCGAAUUCAAGAAUCUAGAACCCGAUCAGAUGGAGAAGAUAGGGGAAAUCGCAAGAGAAGAGCUAGGGGCAGAAGUAGAAGCUGAGCUUAGUAGACUCAACAUUCAGUGA